CUGCUGGCGGGGGAGCUUCCCGCGUGUGGGAGGCUCUAGGAACCAGGGUGACCUCCGCUUUUUCUCCCUGAGCUGGGGUGACGCUGGCGUUAUUGCCUAGGUCACUAGGUCAGGGAACGCUCGAGAAGAAAUAGGGGCAGAUUUUUUUUUUUUCCUUUUGAAAUUGUUGGGAGUAAGCAACCUCGAGUUUGGACGAGGUUGUGUGUAAGGAGUUAUUUUGUACAAGAAUCUUGGGAGACCACUGUGGAGCGAGGUGAUGAUUGUGCAAAGAGUGGUUCUGAAUUCCCGACCUGGAGUAAAUGGUAAUCCAGUGGCAGAAAAUUUCCGAGUAGAAGAAGUAAAUUUGCCAAAUAAUAUCAAUGAAGGACAAGUACAAGUGAGAACUCUUUAUCUUUCUGUGGAUCCUUACAUGCGUUGCAGGAUGAAUGAAGACACUGGUACUGACUAUAUAACACCUUGGCAGCUGUCUCAAGUGGUUGAUGGUGGAGGUAUUGGAAUUGUAGAAGAAAGCAAACACUUAAAUUUUACCAAAGGCGAUUUUGUGAUUUCUUUCUAUUGGCCCUGGCAAACCAAGGUGAUUCUGGAUGGAAAUGGCCUUGAAAAGGUAGACCCACAGCUUGUAGAUGGACACCUUUCAUACUUUCUUGGAGCUAUAGGUAUGCCUGGUUUGACUUCCUUGAUUGGGAUACAGGAGAAAGGUCAUAUAACUGCUGGAUCUAAUCAGACAAUGGUUGUCAGUGGGGCUGCUGGUGCUUGUGGAUCUUUGGCCGGGCAGAUUGGCCAUUUGAUGGGCUGUUCCAGAGUGGUGGGAAUUUGUGGAACGCAAGAAAAGUGCCUCCUUCUGACCUCAGAACUGGGCUUUGAUGCUGCAGUUAAUUAUAAAAAGGAGAAGGUGGCAGAACAGCUCCGUGAAUUAUGCCCAGCUGGAGUGGAUGUUUACUUUGACAAUGUUGGUGGUGACAUCAGUGACACAGUGAUAAGUCAGAUGAAUCGGAACAGCCAUGUCAUCCUGUGUGGUCAAAUUUCUCAGUACAACAAAGAUGUGCCUUAUCCUCCUCCACUACCCCCUGCUGUAGAAGCAAUCCAAAAAGAAAGAAACAUCACAAGAGAAAGAUUUCUGGUGUUGAACUAUAAGGACAAAUUUGAGUCUGGCAUUCUACAGCUAAGCCAAUGGUUUAAAGAAGGAAAGCUAAAGAUCAAAGAGACUGUGAUGAAUGGAUUGGAAAACAUGGGAGCUGCAUUCCAGUCCAUGAUGACAGGAGGUAACAUUGGAAAGCAGAUAGUUUGCAUUUCAGAAGAAACCUCUGUGUAAUGUGUAUAAGCAUCUUCAUCAAGGAAAUACACGGAUUUUGCACAAAGAUUUUAAAGAUACAUUAAAAAAAUCUUGGAGGGAUCCCUGGGUGGCGCAGCGGUUUGGCGCCUGCCUUUGGCCCAGGGCGUGAUCCUGGAGACCCAGGAUCGAAUCCCAUGUCGGGCUCCCGGUGCAUGGACCCUGCUUCUCCCUCUGCCUAUGUCUCUGCCUCUCUCUCUCUCUCUCUCUCUCUCUCUCUCUCUGUGACUAUCAUAAAUAAAUAAAAAUUAAAAAAAAAAAUAAAAUAAAAUAAAAAAUAAAAAAAUCUUGGAGUACAGAUAGCUUUUUAUUUAAGUGUGAUCAUUGGUAAUAUUUUCUAAUUGCAUAACAUAAUUUUUUCCUAUAUCUUCAAUAUCCUAUAUGUUCUCUAUAUCCAACAUAAUUAUUUACAGUAAUAGAUUGAAGUUAACAUGACCUAUUUUUCUUUCUUUUACUAAAACUGGUAUUAUAUAUGAUACUUGAUCAGAUAUUUGGAAACCACUGGAGAUUUGGUAUAACUGUUUAAUGGAUUAUACAAAAUAAAUUGAUUUUUACAAUUAAUAACUUUUAUUUAAAAUAGAAUGCUUGUGAAGACAUGUAGUAAAUGUAUGUUGACCUGGAAAUGCUUUAUAUAAUUCUUGAACUGUAACUUGGUAUAAGAAUAGAAUUGGGAUGGCUUUUCUGUACUGUAGAUAGAAAAGGGAUUUAAUGGCAGGGCACAUGUUAGAGUUUGGGGGGGUGGAAUUUAGAGCUUGUGGAGUUUUCAGGAUAGGAGAGCAGAGGCUUUGUGUUAAGAUAAAUAACAGGUCAGUCAGGUUGAUGAAGAAACUAGUUUACUACAGAGGAUGAUCUGUGUUUUGCUAACUAGUUUCCUCUAUAGCAUAAAAACUCAAUAUAUAUUGAUAAAGCAUGUUUGUUUUAAGUUAGCAGGCGUAUACUGUCAAAUAGCAUAAAGAUUUUCUAGGGCAAAUAGAUAUAAACAUCACUUGAAGUUUCAGAUGAUUAGAAAUAUUUAGGCAAUCAAGACAGCUUUAGAAAAUGACAGGACUGACUGAGCAAAUUAACAAAUGUUUGAAACAUGAACGUUCAAGAUUAAUGUACCUUUAAAUAAGAGGAUCUGUUUCAUUAAUUAUAAUCAGCCCUUUACAACAAUAAAAUUGAUUUUAUUUUCCUAGGUGCUGUGUUGGUUUAUGGUCACCUGUUUACACCCUGCUCUAUACUUUUGCCUGCGACAUUUGUGGAAAGUAGAUUCAUUCACAUUGUUAGUAAAUCAUUCACUCUGGUUGACUUCAGUGUUCUCAUGUUUUAUAUACCUUUCCUGGACCAUUUCAUCUCCAGAGAGCACUUCAUCUCUGGUUUAUAUGUUGAUAACUCCCAAAUCUUUCUA